ACAAGUGAUGAGCUUGGUUGACUUGCUGUGGCUUCUGCCUGUGCGAAUAAUAGUUAAUACUUAUACAUACCAAGCUCACUUAGAUGAUUGGUGGAUGAUUGGUGACUGGCUGAACGAACUCAGCUCAGACAGAAGCUUUUGAACGUCCAACGAGGCUCAACUUUGCUCAAGGCAGCCGUGCCCUUUGAGGUUGAAUAAAUAUAUAGUUACACACCAGCACAGCGUCACUCGUCGUUUUUAUAUGGUCUUUAGUGGCAGGAGUUCCAAAAGAGAGAUAUUGAACACCAGACUUCCAGAGACGAAGAAGAAGAAGAAGAAGAAGAAGUACAUGUACUUAAACUCAUAGCUUUUCUUGCUCGUUCUUCGAAAAGUGAGGCUUGCAGAGUUGCUGUCCUCCGGCCAAUCACGCGCGGGUUGGCCAAAUCUCGGUGUGGUCUCGUCUUCUGGUCUUCUCGUCUCUGCUUCAGCUUGCGGCUUCAACUUCAACCUCUUCUCACCCCGACAUCUCUUCAUCUUUUCAUCUCUUCUUCUAUCCCCCUCGCCCCAUUCACCACCAUCCACACUGCUCCUCUUACUCCUCCUUGUCCCCCCAGCCUGUUCGUUUCCUGUUGGCUUGAAUCUGUCUCUCACUGCUGCUGCUGCUGCUGCUGCCGCCGCCCUAGCUUGGGCUUGGCCUCUUAUCUUCCCUCCCUCAGAACCGUUGGCGAUUUCUCUUGCCCGUGAACUUAUAUUAUUUUGAUUCGCUUGUUCAUCGUUUUUGAGUCAGAGAGCUCCAACUAGGUGCUCACCUCAUUUUUAGCCUCCCGUGUUGGUUGUUGUUAGUCAUUAUAUCCGCUCUCAGUUGGCUUCCUGUUGUCUGAUGCAUAUUGAAAUACCCCGUAAACCCAUCGCCAAAGCUAACUUGCUGAGCCGCACAUCUUGAUCUCUUUUGCACCCAUCACAGUUUUUAUUAUUGAUCUCUUCUUCUUUACUUCCAAAUAUCCCUUCUCUGGCAGCAGAAACCGCAGCCUGCCAAGUGAUCGAACCCGUCAAGCAAUGGAUGUUGCCCCAGCGCUUCCCCACACUUCGCCCUCGCUCGAACCCUCCCAACAGUCUCGUUCUCCUUUUUCCUCGCAAGCCGUCAUGCCUCCGUCUUCUCCUUUCCAAUUCGCAACCACUACAGCCCCUCAGAGCACAUCCGCCCCAGAUCGACCGGCACAAUCCCAAAAUGUCGACCAUUCCGCACACAAUUUUUAUCCCCCAACCGCUGCCUCCAGUCCUUCUCCCGAUUCAGAUCUUCAGUCAACUCCGCAGCAACCUUCGCAAGGGGACUCUAUGGAUACUACCUUAGACAUUCCACAACCACAACCACAGCCACAAGCACAACUACAACCAGAUGAGAGCUUCUCGAGCACUGUUCUCUCGGAGUCAACUGCUGAGCCUGAAGCAAUUACCUCGGUCCCUGAAGUCAUGGAAACUGAGCCAGCCCCAACCCCCGAAGUUGUCAAUGAUGCUGCUCUGCCAAUUGUUAACUCAUCUUCAACCGAUGCUGAGCCUCCUACAACCACGGCUACUGAAGAAAUCGUGCCCGCAUCGAAUGUGACGGGUGCGUCAGACAACGAGAAUGACCCCCACGUAGAACCUUCAUCGGAACAGCCCUCAUCAGACCAGCCCUCGCCUCAAGAUUCUGCUGAUAGCCCGCCCGAACAGAAUAACUCACAGGAUGACCUCCAGAGCAUUCCCCCAGACUCACCCAGCAGUGAGGAAGAACAUGCUUACUGGGCUGAUAUAGAGCAGGACACUUCGUCCCCCGAUGAAGGGGAAAUCAAGGAAAUUGAGUCUGGCGACGAUCACAGUGCCUUGGAUUAUGAUUAUUGGGAAAAGACCUUCUAUAGUGAACUUGAUGACCCCGAGUAUACACCCGCAGAGAAAGCCCGCCUCACCUGGAAAUUCAAAGGCGUACGAGGCACGAAGGAAAAACCAAACCGUGCUACUAUAAUGAGAUCACCAGCCGCCUUCAUUGGUGGCCUUUACUGGAGAAUAAAAUUUUUCCCUAGAGGUAAUAACGUAGAGUCUCUGAGCAUAUACGUUGAGUCUUCCCCCACCCCCCCUGAACAGGACAAAGAUAUCCCCGAGACCGAAUUCAAAGUUUUCAAAGGUCCCCCAAAUGCCGUACUGAGUGAUUUGGUGCCGGAGGUUGAUAUAACUCUCCCAGCUACGGCUGACUCCUGUAGGGAGGCUCCAACAGCUCCAGCCUCCGCUUCUCAGGACGACGAGAAACAAGAACCUCCCGCUGCAGGUAAUACCCAACAUAUACCUAUAGAGGAGCCAACGAGUGAGCAGUCGAGAGAACUUCCACCAUCUGAAGCAUCCCAGGAUUGGAGGGUAUCGGCUCAAAUAGGCGUCAUCGUAUACAAUCCCAAUGAACCUCGAACCGCUUACAUGCAGUCCUCGUGUCACCAGUUUAACAUAAAUAACGUGGAUUGGGGCUGGACAACUUUCCAUGGCCCUUGGAACAAGAUCCAUGUACGACAACGGGGCCAGAGGCAAGCUCUGCUUCAAAACGACACUCUCGCCUUCGAUGCCUACAUUCGAAUUAUCGACGAUCCAACCCAGUCACUGUGGUGGCAUUCAAGCGAAUGUGAGCCUAUCUGGGAUAGUUUGAGCCUGACUGGUUAUCGGCCCAUGGGUGCCUCUAACGUGGAAUAUAGCUUUGAGGCUGCUGGUUUGGUAUCGUGGCUUCUCCUCGCACCUUUCCGGGAAAUUAUUCAGAGCGUGGACGUCCUGGAACAUAUCACCACACCAGGUGUUAGACCUAGACCAUUGUGCGAGGCCUUGCAGAAGCUAUUAUGGGUUUUGCGGACACCACAUCUACCGCAACUUUCAGUUGAUACCGACUCGGUCACUAAAACGCUUCGAAAUUUGGAGGAAUUCUCAGGGGACGUGAUGGAGUUUUGGGAGAGGUUUCGACGCUCACUUGAAUUAGAACUGGAAGGGACUGAUGCCGUUCAGAAGAUGGCAAAAAUAUUUGACGGUGAGGCAACUGACGAGCAGCCUGACACCGUCAACUGUUUCCGCGGAGACUUCAACUCGAGAAUUAAAAUUUCGGCGGAAACUUCAAACAACGUGGAAUCUGCCGUGAAACAGUAUCUCAGCGACAAACCCGGAAAGUGGUCACUGCCUACUGUUCUCCAUGUUGAGCUCUCUCGCCAGAAAUUCGACAAGGCCAGCCGCCAAUGGAAGUUUAUUUCGCGACGAGUUCGGUUAGAUGAAGAACUCGAUCUGUCGGAUCUUGUUGUUGAGCCUCAAUCUGGAAAAUACAGCCUUUACGGGUUUGUGGUCUAUAAGGGCGAGCGGACUUCUGCGCACUACUACAGUAUCCUCCGUCCUGGUGGACCGGGAUCGCGCUGGCUUGCGUUUGAAAAUGAAGGCGACAGCAAGAUCGAGUGUCUGACCACCAAGGCGGCGAUUGACGCUCAUGAAGGCAUCUCACCCCACGACGAAAUCGACGAUCACAGGUCCAGACAUGAUGUUGCCGUUGUUGUCAUGUAUGUUCGAAAUGACGUCCUGCCCCAGUUCCUGACUGGAAAAAUCGAACCGUGGGAUAUUCCUGAGACAAGACAGUAUUUUUUUGAAUCUGGACAUUUGCCAUUCACUUCGUCGCCCUCGGUUGCCGUUGAGGUAUAUUCCCUCGGUGACCUCUCUCUGGUGGGCAAUAACUUAUUUGACAUUUAUGACUUGAUGGAUACUUCUAGAUCCGUUGGUCGAUUUCUACAUUUUACCCUGCCAGCAAGGACAACAAUUGCAGAGUUAAGAGACAAGCUAGCGCUGUGGCAGUCGAAUGAGGAUACAGAGGUGAAACCGCAAGAUAUCCGCCUGUGGCGGAUUGGCCGUCCAAAAUCGUGUUUCGCCCCCACCUCGCAGCUCACAGCUAUUCAAGAUCUCUCUCAAUCCUUGGUGUGUUCUGAGAUGGACGUUUUGCGCCUGUGGAUGCACGUCCUGACUAAAGAUGGUGCAAAAUUAUUUGCUGUACCCAAUCCACUAGCCCCUGCCGGCGCAUUUGAAAAUGAACAGGUCGCUGAGGAAAUUGCAGAACCCGUGGAUGAGUCGAGUAACCCUGUAGAUGAAUCUCCACUGGAAGGUCAGGAUCCCCAGGAAGCCCAGGAUGUCGACAUUGCUGAUUCAAACACCUCUACCGAUCUGCUGCAAAUGGAGGAAGGUAGUGAUGCUACUAUGAUACCUUCUAGCCAGUCAUCCGAAGGCGUACGAGUAGCCGAUGAGACGGAGACACCGGGGCCCGAAACCUUGCUGCCCUCUGAUAACAACAACUCAUCCGAUGGCACCCAUCAGGAUCUCAACAACCCCAGAGGCGAAGAUGUUCAAAUGACUGACGCAGAGCCCGACGCUAAUACCUCGCAGCACCUGCAAACAGAGCCGAUUGAUGCAGAGGCAAAUUCAGAGGACGUAAAUAUCUUCCAGGAAAUUGCGAUGGGAGCUGCCAACGAAGCAUCCACCGUAACUGACCCAACUGCAGAUCCGGUGGCGCAGGCGACCACACCAGAACGGUCGGGCGAAUUUCAGGCCGGCGACGAAACUGGCUCAGCCGAACUUGCAAGUACUAAUACCGAACAUGUUUCUACGCCCGCUCCUUCUCGAGAAGACUCGGUCAUGCAAGAUGCUGCCCCUGGAAAUCCAUCGGACGUUUCAACCAACGAGAGCUCAGCCGCAGUUCCGAUGACAGGGAACCCAGAGAACGACAUCAAUGAAAUUGCUCCACUGCCACUGGAGAAUCUAAUUCAUCCUCCUGUCCGGCUGACUGCCCAAGUAUAUUAUUUUGUCCAGAUAUUUGACUUGGAGAAACAAGAAUUCCGCUUUGCCGGCGUUUUCUUUGGUAAAAGAAGUAAUUCCAUUAAAGCUUCAGUUCGUGCCGCUCUUGGAUGGCCGGAUGAUAAAUCCUUCAACCUUUGGCAUCGUGCUGAUUGCAUAUCGAUCUCGUCCAUCUCCAGCAAGGAGAGAUUUAACACAGUUUUAGCUACCGAUCAAGAUGGUGAAUGUUUCAUUGUUGAGGAGGUGUUACCAAAGUCACAAUGCACGAAAAUUUCAGAAAGUGGUUCCUUCACCAGUCCCAGUUUGCUAGCUCAGUAUCUUCGGGCUUUAUCUCGGCGGCAUCCAACGCAGUCUUUCACUGGCACGAAAACCAUUGAUGCUGUUUUUAAUGGUGAGUAUUAUUCCGGGGAAUUCAGUAAGGGAUACUAUCAUGGCAAAGGUACUCACAUAUCAAACUUGGGUGCGACCUAUACUGGCGAUUUCGUCCUGGGACAACGCCAUGGAAAAGGUGUCCUGGAGUCCCAAUCCGGCGAUACGUACGACGGGGAUUGGUUCGAAGAUCAGCAAAAUGGGCAGGGAACGUUCAUAGAACGCAGGACUGGGAACAAGUACGUUGGUGGCUUCCGCGCUGGCAAGCGCCAUGGGAAGGGCAUCAGUUACUGGGAAGUUGCCGCUGAAGAAAUGGGCCUCUGCCAAAUUUGCUACAGCGAGGAUCAAGAUGCACUAUUUUACAGCUGUGGCCAUGUCUGCGCAUGUGUCAGUUGUGCCAAACGGGUUGACAAAUGCCCCAUAUGCCGGAAGAAGGUCGCCAAUAUCGUGAAGAUUUACCGCACUUAAAUACGGCCUGGGGGUGCUGGCCAGUCUUUUCUACCAUCUCAUGCCGAUUUUGAGAAUGUUCAGAUGAAUGAUGCUUCUGGGAAUGAUGAUCUCGCUCUUGUUUUUGCUUGACUCUUUGGGUUCCCUCUCGUCUUUCCGUUUCCUGUUCAUUAUCUUUUUUUCUCCCCCCCCCCCCCCCCCCGGCCCCGCUUAAGGUGACAUUGAUUGCCCCGAGCGGCGACGACUUGGUUUCAGCUUGAGGGUUAUGCCCGCCUCUGUUUACCUGCUCUGCUUCUUACCUGUUUAUUUUGACGACUAUGUGCCCGUUUUCGCGCGCCCUUCCACAGUUAUUUUAGCGAUGAUCAUUGUUAGCGAAUCCCCUUCAAGAUCUAUAUAUCGUAUCGUAAUUCCCUAACCCGUCUUGUUUAUCAUUUUACCACUCUUGCUUGGUUUCGAUCUCCACCUAAAAUUCUAGAUUCAGAUACAGCUUCGUCAUUGCUGAUUUCGGUAUUGUCGGUUCCUUGGAAGCGACCAUUUUUGGAUGAAUAUUGUUUCUAUGUACAUACACUAAGAGUAGAGCGAACUAGUUGUUAAUUUGGAAAAUGGCUUAAGUUGGAAAAAAGAACUUGGUUAUAACUCAGCGUGGUUUGCGCCCCCUGAUCUCUUUCCACAACAACAUUAACCUAGUCAGUUGUCUGAAUGCGAGAGUUUUCAUCUAGAUCAUAUUUUAAAACGGU